GCCUAGUUUACAACUUCACUUCCAACUUGCAGUUCAACUUGGGCGUAGUGUUAGUCAUCAACGGCAACGGUUGAUCAAUUUUCUCAACUGUCAAUUUAAAACGGUGAGGAUCUGAACAGACCUUCAAGAUGUCGAGCAGAAAAACAAAGAAGACGACCACGAAGAAGCGUGCGCAGCGUGCGACUUCCAAUGUGUUUGCCAUGUUUGAUCAAGCGCAGAUUCAAGAAUUCAAAGAAGCCUUCAAUAUGAUUGACCAGAACAGAGAUGGUUUCAUCGACAAGGAGGAUUUGCAUGAUAUGCUGGCCUCUCUAGGAAAGGACCCUGCUGACUCUUACUUGGACGAGAUGAUGGUCGCGGCUCCCGGACCCAUCAACUUCACCAUGUUCCUCACGAUGUUUGGCGACAAACUCAACGGCACCGAUCCAGAGGACGUCAUCAAGAACGCCUUCGCUUGUUUUGAUGAGGACGGCUCAGGUGUGAUUCCCGAGGAGCGUCUGAGAGAGUUGCUUACAACAAUGGGGGACAGAUUCACCGAGGAUGAGGUUGAUGAAAUGUACAGGGACGCCCCCAUCAAGAGGGGAAACUUUGACUACUUGGAGUUCACCAGGAUCCUCAAGUACGGCAAGAAGGAAGACGAGGCGCAGUGAUUGGCUCUGGCUCUUCUCUUUUUCAUUCCUCCGUCUUGUACUCCUCUGAUUUUUACAAAUUCUUUUCCUCUCUUUUGUUUCUGCUUUUUCUUUAUUGUCAUUUAACAACAGAUGUCUUUUCCAAAUAUAGUUCUUCUAAUAGCUAUCCGCUUGCCCAGAUUCACACGUCUGCUGGCUUAUACUAAUCUUUAUAUAUAUAUUAUAUUCUUUUUCUUGUUUUUACUGAAUUUUAUUUCUGUAUUGAUUGUGAAAUUGGACGUCAUGCUUGUUGCUGCCCAGAAUGCACACAAAAAAAGUUCUUUUAUCACCUGUCGGCAGGAUUUCACAUAUAUCUUCGUUCUCUCGUUUGGCAAUGUGUUAUGAAAUCAUCCGAAAGUUGUGCCCUGGAAGUGCUGAAAACUGCGGAGGUCUGUUGUUCUAGAUUCUGUACGCAAUUAAGUAUGCACUGCCACAUUGUGCACCGUAAAUCGUUAGAUUUUAUUGUCCAAGAAGCUUGUUGAUUGUAGAUGGACAGUCAUUUAUUUUCUAAACCCGUCUCGUUGCCAGAGGGUGUACAUUCCUCCUGUCAGCACUUAUUGUCAGCUGAGCUCAUUCGCCAGGACAGCAAAGUCUUAUAUCUCAGUGUUAGUAGACUCGCUGUCCAGAUCUAGCCCACUCAUGAUGACAUAUUCAGACCUCUGGUCUUUGUUAAUUUCACUCUCCUCAUUCCCUAUGUAAUUCCUCAGCUUGCCCAUAAUUUUGAAAAACUUUCAAAUAUCUAAGUCAAAAUGUGAAAUUUGCUAUCUAUCUGUUUGAAGUCGUUUUGGUGUUUCUGUAAUUGCGAGGUCACACGUCUAUCUGCUGUCUGCAAAACUGGACUUGUGUGUUCAUCAAUCACUUGCAAGCUUUGCAAUAAAUUGAUCCCAGUAAGUUUUGUAAGUUGAUAUAUAAUAUAUGCGCAUUUUCAUGAGGUACCAGGUACACACCACCAGCAACGGAGGGUUGAAAGGAAGAGAUUUCUUUUAAAAUGAACGUGUUCAAAAGAUGAGUUUGGCAAGAAUAUCACUUUUGGUAUUGGUUUUUUUGUUGUUGUUUUUUUCCUUCACAACAGAAUGGUAGAUCUAGAUCUACAUAUUUUUAUGUAAUAUGGUAGAAAUCAUGGUGUUAUCAAAAAUGUGAAAAAAUCAAAGUUGUUGAUAUAAUGCCUGUCAAAUUGUUGUCUGUUGGAUCAUGUUGUUACCCGAACAAAAGUUGAAAAAAAUCAUUUUUUUAUCUCGACAUUCUCACGUUGCUGCAACUUGUAUGGACCAGAAUCACUUCACAUUCCAAUGUCGAAGGAGAAGGGGGAACAAACGCGACUGAUUUCCUUUUUACCGAAUCAGCUCAACCCAACAUUCUUUUUUGUUUUGUUUGCUGCUGCAUGUCUGUUUUUUGUUGUUGUUCACUUGACUUCUUUCAAGUGCUUCAAACUGCGUUCUCUGUUCUGUAUUAUACAAACUGCGUUCUCUGUUCUGUAUUAUACAAACUGCGUUCUCUGUUCUGUAUUAUACAAACUGCGUUCUCUGUUCUGUAUUAUACAAACUGCGUUCUCUGUUCUGUAUUAUACAAACUGCGUUCUCUGUUCUGUAUUAUACAAACUGCGUUCUCUGUUCUGUAUUAUACAAACUGCGUUCUCUGUUCUGUAUUAUACGUUGUGGUUGUUGCUGUUCUUUGACUGGUGUUUUUACAAGACUUGACGACGCUGUAUUUCAACUAAAAAUGCUUUUUGGAAAUUUGUGAUACUUUUUUUUUUCUUUUUUUUUUUGGUGUUUGUUGAAUUUUUCUCCCAGAUCUUCCAAGUGAUGACAGUGAAAAAGAUGUACACCUAUAGUACACCUAUAGUACACCUUGCUUCCUCUCUUGUUCUCCGUUGAGUUUCUUUUGGUAAGAGAUCUGAUGUCAUAAAAAAACAAAAGUGUUCCCUGUUUUGUCACCAAUUAGUGAGAGUGUUGGGGGAAAGUUCGAAAUAAUAUUGCCACAAAAUGUUCUACUGUUUAUUAUGCAACACUCCAUAUCGACCAUAUACAUCAAAAUGAGUAAUAAUAAUAAAAAAAAUAAUAAAGUAUAUUAUGAACUAUU